CUCGCAUCUGGAGCAUGCAUUCACCAAGACUGCAGCACCUUGUUUGCUUCUUAAAUUUCCUAUGAAUAAUGGCACCUAGAGCCUCAUAAACGGCUCCAUCGACAAUUCCCCUACCCCAUAGACUUACAACAUCCCAAGGAAGGCUUCCAACCAACUCCAGCUGCCCCGCAGAGCGAUCGCCAAGAUGGAGCGCGACGACUUCGCAAACAUCUCAUGGCAGAACAAUCCAGCCGGUCGAGGGGCUGCACCUUUUUCUACAAGCCCUAGAGACGAAAGUGACAAUAUUGGGCCAGGGAACCCAAAUGGGAAGAGACGUGAGAGCGGAGGGCAACUCGGGCGCAAUGCUGAUCCGAUGGAUCUUGCUGGAGUAGAGGGGGGGGUUCUCGAAUGCACAGUCUCAAGUCCCAAUAAGGAAAAUGAUGGGUCAAAGGACGCUUAUGUAUCCUACUUGGUUACUACAUACACGAAUUUCCCCACCUUCCAGAAGCCAACUACGACUGUUCGCCGGCGAUUUACGGAUUUCGUUUUCUUGUGGAAGUGCUUAUGCAAAGAAUAUCCAGCGAGUGCCGUUCCUCCCCUACCCGACAAGCACAAGAUGGAAUAUGUCCGGGGCGAUCGAUUCGGACCCGAUUUUAUGAACCGUCGAGCCAACUCCCUUCAACGAUUUCUUACACGACUAGCGCUCCAUCCCGUUCUUCGGAGAGCUGCUCUCCUCACCAUCUUCCUCGAAAGUGUGGACUGGAAUGCAACAAUGAAAACACGCCAGCAGAGAGGUUUAUCAGCUUCGGAGCAAGGACCAGUAGGCGUCUUCGACAACUUCACAGAUACAUUCAUAAACGCAUUUACGAAAGUACACAAGCCAGACAAGCGUUUCAUUGAAGUCCGGGAGAAGUCAGAUAAGCUUGAUGAGGAUCUUGGCCAUGUAGAGAAGAUUGUGGCUCGGGUAGCCCGACGAGAAGGAGAUCUGGAGACAGACUACAAAGAUCUCGCAGAGCAAUUCCAAAAGUUGAUUACCAUGGAGCAAGGGGUUGAGCAAUCAGUUCACGCCUUCGCAGCCAGCGUGGAAGAUACCUCCGCAGGAAUGAAGACGUUGAAGGAGCACACAGAUCAGGAUUACCUCGGCAGUCUACGAGAUAUGCAGGCAUACAGCGCAGCAGUCAAGAACCUCCUCAAAGCCCGAGAGCAGAAACAACUCGAUUUCGAACAACUCACCGAAUACCUCACCAAAUCGACUUCCGACAGAGAUGUCCUAGCCGCAACCCAUGGCGCAGGCGGCCUCACAGGGCCAAGCGGCUUCAUUCGGAGCAAGAUCGAAGACGUGCGAGGCGUCGACCACGAACAAUCCCGCCGCGAACGUCUCCGACGUCUCGAACUCAGAAUAGAAGAACUGACUCGCGAAGUCGAAGAGGCGAAGAAGACUACUGAGGCCUUCGAUGAGGAGGUUGUGAAGGAAGUGCAGGAUUUCGAGCGCAUCAAGAGGAUUGAGUUCAAGAGCCAGUUUGGGGCGUUGGCGGAUGCGCAUGUGGAGUUUUAUGGGGCGACAAUUGAGAACUGGGAGAAGUAUGUUAAGGAGAUGGAGGACAUGGGCGCUCCGAUUGCCUGAUUGGGUUGUCUUGAUGGCUCGGUGGGUUAAUUGCUCCGCUAUGAGUUGAGGGAGCAAACGGUCUUGGGAUGUUACGGCGUUCUGAUGGGUGAAGGACUAGAGGAGAGUUGUGUUCUCUAUGUUCAUAUUUGGGCACGAACCAAUGAUAUUCUAAUAUCACAUCUUUUGCUGCGGGAUAACGACUUUUUCCGGCGGCGAAGGGAAAGAGCCUCGCGGCUACAAAGAAAGCCACCACCCUGCAACUCAGCAGACCUUCCGAGUGGAAAGAACAAAUGAAGCGGCUGUAUCUUGCGGCCUGACGUAGCCUCGUCCUUUUCAAUAUUCACAAUACAGUUAAUAUCACAUUUACAGAAGUGAUAUUGUACCAUAA